CUAAACACGUUUCACUCUUAAUCACCGUCCCACUGGCAUUGCACAAGCAAAAUUCAAAGUUAGAAAACAUCCGCUGUUUAAUGUAAGAGUGUAUUGCUAUAAACUCUGUGUCGCUAAUUUCUUCUUUACGGAGUUUUUCCUAAUUACUUUUUUUUUAUAUUUUCACUUUCACAUUUGGCUCAACGCGGUUACUCUGUGAGUUUUUUUUUUUGGCUUAUUAGCUAUAAAAAAAAGUGAUAACAUGCGAAGAGGGAGUCUUUCCGCCACCGCGUGACGCAAGCCGCCUUUCGGACGCAGGAAUUGAAAGAAACAUCAGAAGGAGCAGGUCGCCUGAGACCGACGACGCCUCAGUUGGAGAAAGUGCCGAUCGAGGGCGGAUUACGCGGCAGCCCGGAGCACAUGCAUCCGCACUCGGAGUUCAGGCCCCCGCGCAGCGUGAUGUAGCUGCGUUGGCAUGUCGGAGCCCAGCGAGGAGAUCUCAGCAUGGCUUGCCAGCUUGCGCUUGGGUCAGUAUGGGCCCUGCCUGGCCCGUGCCGGGUAUCAUCGGCUCUGUGACUGCUUGGGCCUGGGUGACCAGCAGCUGUGGGAGAUGGGCGUACUCCCCACGGGUCACCGCCGCCGCAUCCUGAGCAGUCUGGAGACCCGCCCCCCCUGCCAGGCCAGGGGCUGGCUCUCCUGGGGGGUAAAGAAGACUGCCCUCUUCGCUCCCAAAAAGGACGGGGCCGGACUGGAGGAACCGCAGAUCACAUGGCCUCCAUCAUCAGGGGCUGGGUUGGGGGAGGCCCCCCCGCCCAUCCCUAACAGUACCAGCUCUCCGCUCACCCCUGCAGAGCCUGCCACACAGAGUACCUCUGCCCCCACAUCGAGAGACUUUAAGGGUACGAUGGUUGUGAAUGACAUCUACGAAGGAGAUGGCUGUGACAUGCCGGCAGGCUGCAUCCGUCCGACCCGCUCCUACAGGCUCAAGCACCGGCCAGUUCCUGAGGUCCCGGACAGAGUCAGCACUCUCUUGGGGGACCGAGACUCCCUGAGCUGCCAGCACCCCCUGCCCUCCGACGGCCUGUGUGCCACGCAGGAAGCCCCCCCUGACAGAACACUGGCCCCCAUCUGUCCGUACGGCGAGAUGUUUCUCUACAACGUCGCCGACAGCAGCUCAGAUACAGCUCCUGUUGACCAGCCAAGAAGUAAAAACAAGGAGGCAUCAAAACUCACUUCAGGGACCAAGCAGAGCAGAUCGGAGAAGGAUGCAGUCUCUUCCUCGGCCCAAACCCCGCUUCUGGAAGCCAGUGGACGGGUCCAGGGGGGGCUCUCACAGCAGGAGUGCUCCACAGAGGAGACCCACAGAUCUCAGUCUCUGCCCAGGCAUUUUGGCAUGAGGCAGGUGGCAAACAGCAGGGGGAAUCACACCCAGCUAGCCAACCUGGACGUGGACAUCUCUCCCUAUGCCUGCUACUACCAGACCCACAAUGCCGUUCUCAAGGCUGGAUGGCUGGACAAGCUUUCCCCGCAGGGGAACUGUGUGUAUCAGAAGAGAUGGGUGACAUUUGACGGGGAGCAUCUCUGCUAUUACAGUAACGACAAAGAUAUGUAUUCCAAAGGCUUCAUCCCUCUCUCGGCCGUCAGCCACGUUCGCAGCCUCGGGGACAGCAAGAUUGAAGUGGUGACGUCCCACCGGGCCUUCGUUUUCCGCGUCGAGAAGGAAGGAGAGCGGUACGACUGGAUCAAUGCCCUGCAGAUAGCGAUGCGGAGCCAGCCCAGCGCAUCCCAGCUGCGCUCCAAGCCCAGUGCAGCCAAAUGCGGCUAUGUGGAGCUGCGCGGCUACAAAGGAAGAGUCUUCCUGUCCCUGAUGGGAACCCAAGUGAGACUUUAUAAAGCAGAGCAGGACUUCAAAGCCGGGAUCGGGGUGGCUAUUGUGGAGCUGGCCACUGCCCAUGUGAAGGAUGUGGAGCGAAAGGGCUUCGAGAUUAAUACCCCCUUUAAAAACUUCUGCUUCACGGCAGAGUCGGAAAGGGAGAAGGAGGAGUGGAUUGAAGCGGUCCAGGAAUCGAUAGCCGAAACUCUCUCCGAUUAUGAAGUGGCUGAGAAGAUCUGGUUCAAUAAGUCCAACCGGAGCUGUGCGGAUUGUUCAUCGCCGCUGCCGCAGUGGGCGUCCAUCAAUCUGGGAGUUGUCAUUUGUAAGAAGUGUGCAGGUCAGCACAGGUCUCUGGGUUCCAGCAUCUCCCAGGUGCGAAGCCUCAAACUGGACCACAGCAUCUGGAGCAAUGAACUGGUGGAGCUCUUUCUCACCAUCGGCAACAAGAACGCCAACCUCUUCUGGGUGGCGAACCUGUCCCCAGAGGAGGAGCUACAGCCCGGGGCGACUCCAGAGCGCCGGGCUGCCUUUGUACGCAGGAAGUACUGGGAACGGAGGUACACGCGCACGCUGGAGGGCUUCCAGAGCCAGGAGGAGCUCAACGAGGCCCUGUGUUCUGCUGUGGUGCAGCCGGACGUCCUGCUCACCAUGCGCUUGGUGUUCAGCGGGGCUGACGUCAUGAGCGCUACGGGCGACCCCAACUACUCCACGCCCUACCUGCUGGCCCAGAAGGCCGGCCAGCAGCUGCAGAUGGAGUUCCUCUACCACAACAAGCUGUCAGAUUUACCUAAGCUGGACCCUGUGUAUGGAAAGAAGUUCCCUCGAAAUGCAUCCUUCUUCAAAAGUGGCUUCCUGUACACCGCUCUCAGCGUGGGCCGACCCGUGUUGGAUAGGAGAACCAGAGAAGAGAUGGUGCAGAGGUGGUGCACGCUGGAGGGUGGCUUCCUGAGUUACUACGAGAGCGAGCAGACGGCCACGGCGAUGGGUCGCAUGGACCUGGCGGAGAUCGUGACCCUGGCAGUGUGCAGGGUGGACACCCCCCCCAGGGGCAGCUCCAAGGCUGCCUUCACCUUCGAAGCGUAUCUGAUGACAGAGCGCAUCUUCACAUUUGGCACUGAGACGUCAGAGAUGCGCAGGCAGUGGGUGCAGGCUCUGGCCAAGUGCUUCAUCCCUCUGCCCGUGGCCCACUUGCGGGACAAAGACUAUGAGCUGAUUGGGCGCCUCUACUUCAAAGAGGGUCAUGACCUUAACUUCUGGAGGGUUGGCUGGUUCACCCUGGAGGAAUCCAACCUGUACUACAGCUCUGGGGAGGGUGACAGUGAGUCCCCCCUGGGGCUGGUCCAGCUGAAGAGGCUCCAGGAGCUCACUAUAUCUACUCGUACAGUAGGACAGGACAAGAUGGAUGUGCUGCUAUUGGUGGAGAGUGGGAGGACCAUCUAUGUGCAUGGAUUCUCCAGGGCAGACUUCAGUCUGUGGCGUGGGGCCAUCUUCCAGGCAGCGGGCACGGAUGGGCGUGCCCUCAGCAGCCAGCAGCUGAGCAAACAUGACGUGCCCAUCGUGGUGGAGAGCUGCAUGGCCUUUGUCACACAGUAUGGUCUGGCUUAUGAAGGUAUCUACCAGAGGAAUGGGAACCCACAGCGGGUGGCCCAGCUUCUGGAGAGCUUCCAGAAGGAUGCCAGGAGUGUCAAGUUACGGGUUGGGGAGCAACAGCUGGAGGAUGUCACCGAUGUGCUGAAGAGCUUCCUGCGCGACCUGGAGGACGCGUUGCUCACCAAGGAGCUCUACCCCUUCUGGGUCUCCAUCUUAGGUGCGUGCCCCCCGUGGCUAAGCAUCGCUGAAGAGAGAGUGCGGAAGUACUGCACCCUGAUCCAGAGCCUGCCCAAGAUAAACAGGACCACCCUGGGGGCGCUAAUGCAGCACCUGUACAGGAUCCAGAAGUGCUCCGGCAUGAACCAGAUGGUGACCCACAACCUGGCCUCAGUGUUUUCAUCCUGCCUCUUCCAGACUGAAGGGCAGAUGAGCCAGGAGGUCUGUGUCGUUGAGGACUUGAUCAACAACUUUGCUGAGCUGUUCGACGUUAACGAAGACCAGGUCAAGCAAAUGGAGACCGAAAAUAACUUCAUUAUGAGCUGGAAAGACGUAACGUUGUCUCGGGCUGGAGACCUGAUCUUCGAGGUCUAUCUGGAGAAGAAGGAAGCGGAGAACUGCUGCUUAAUUAAAGUGUCUCCCACCAUGCGGUCUGACGAGCUCGCUGAUGCCGUCCUGAGCAUGAGGAAUGUGGAGGUGCUGGAUGCGGCCGACCUGUGGACCACAUUUGAGACCAUUGAGAAUGGAGAGCUGGAACGUCCACUGUAUCCCAAGGAGAAGGUUCUGGAACAGGUCCUUGAAUGGAGUGCUCUAGAAGACCCUGGCUCGGCCUUCUUGGUCAUAAAGAAAUUUUCAGCAUCCAAAAUGGCGGCAUACCAGCAAGAUGGGGCGAAGGACUUUCUCAGAGGGGACCUUUUCCGGUUCAAGGACGGAUCAUCCAAGCUGCUGUCGGGAAACAAAUUCCAGGACAGAUUUGUUGUCCUUCGUGAUGAGAAGCUGCUGCUGUACAAAGAUGUGAAAAGCACUAAACCGGAGAGAGAGGUUCUGCUGAGGUCAGCGAAGUGCUACUUUGGCCUGAGGAAACGGAUAAAACCGCCGACAAGUUGCGGAUUUACAGUUUACACAGAAAAGCAUCAAUGGUUCUUCUGCUGCGUGGACAAGGAGACACAGCUGAAGUGGGUGACGGAGAUCCUCAGGGUGAAGUAUGGUGGAGAGGCAUGGCAUGCAGGGAGGAUUCAUCGACAGCCUGUGCUUCAGAGCAACAGAGGGGGCACUGUGAUGGCAGUCCAGAGCAGCAUGCAAAAGGAUGAGGAAAAGCCCAAAAAAGAGAGCCUUCCACCGGUGGCACAAAAGCCCCCGGAGGCCUGUACCGACAUCUCCAGUGCACCGUUCCACCAGAGGAUGGCUUUGGUGGCCGACACCUUGAAGCAAAAAGAUACAGUUGGGUGUCUCAUCAGCCACAGGAAGAAGGAUGAGGCCAUGUGUCAGGUGUCCCGCUGGCAGCUUGGGUCUCUCGUCCGCCAGGACAGAACCCAGUCCAAGAUGGCAACUCAGGAGCAGCAAUCCCAGCUUGUUCCCAGCCUGCUGCAAGAGCUGAGCUCAGUGCUCAGCAAAUCGGGUCGAGCCAUGAGGGAUGACCCCAGCUGAGGGGCUACCCUGGGUCAUCCUGUCCACUAUGGGGCACUGUGACUUUUACUUUGAAAGAGCUCUCUGCUCUGCUGUUGUCUCUGACGACCUUUUGAUACGUUGUUAUUCUGGUCCUUUGUGCGAGGUGAGUGGGAAAAACAAAAUGACUUAGAGUAAAACGGGGAACAAACAAAGCAGAGGAUGGUGUGGCGUCCCUGGGGGCGGAAUAUCACUUUUCCGGCCAGACAGCGGGUCAGUAUGCUGCUGCUGUUCACAGCCCUGCGGUAUCAUCGCUGACGGCUACAUGGAAAUUCAGUAUCCCUGGAUGCCGGGAUGUUGACAGCCAAAUAACGGCGGCGGUGUGGCCGUGCCGCGUGGCGCCAUGUCUGCGGAGCUGUGCGCGCUCCACUCGGAGCCAGCGCUGUCGCCUUUAUUCACUGCUAAAGUCACACACUUCAUCAAGAGUGCUGUCCCGCACAGCAUGAUCCACUCCUUUGUUGUUAUUACCUCUUCUACUUCUACUUUUUAAUAAAUUAUUUAAUUAAUA